AUGUCUCCACCGAGUUCUGAUCAUGGAGAUUCCAUAGCGGAGCACCAUGAUACAUCAAAAAUACAGGGAAUAAUACUUGCUUCAAAUUCCACGUUCAACAUAUCGAUUCUAACAGCUGAACAUAGCAAAGCGCUAUUGUCUAUUAACGGGAAGCCCCUAAUUUGGCAUUCGAUCAAGCUACUAACAGACAAUGGCAUUAAAGAUAUAUUUGUGGUCAUUGAACCAAAGUACAAACCGGCACUUGAGGCAGCAUUUAAGGAUUUUAUUGAUGCAGUUACAGUAACAAUCAUUUCGCUGGAUGCGGAAGUUUUGGGAAGCUUGGAUGCCCUAAAAUUUCUAAGGGAGUACAUAACAAAUGACUUCAUAGUCAUUCCCUGUGAUAUAUACGGCAAAGUUGAUAUUACAGGUCUGAUCAAAUCGCAUUAUCAAAGUCAUUCCGGAUGUACUGCAUUGCUAUAUCACAAUGAAAAGGACACUAGUAAUUCUUAUCGCUGCCUCACCUUGUUGGAUGAAGCUACGCAUAAAUUGAUUUCAAUAGUCGAUUCGACAAGUUUCAAUGCAGGAAACAGCUUAUUCAUCCACAAAUGGCACGUUUUUAGCCACCCAAAUUGUACAAUCCGUUCAGACCUAAUUGAUUUACAUGUGUAUAUGUUCUCCAAGGCGUUAUUCCCUGCGGAAAAUAUUGAUUACUUCAGCAUAAGAUUUCACUAUAUCCCAUUCCUCACCAGAUCUCAAGAUAUGCCAAUUUCUAGGGGUUAUCUAGAACAUUCGGUGACAGAUAGCGAGCUGGAUAUUGUUGAUACAAUAAAGACUACUAGUGGCGGAUUAAAUAUAUUUCAGGGUGAAUCAAAACUAGAUAACAUGCACGAUAUAGGCACUAAAUAUACUAGUGUUAGUUAUUACAUACAAUAUGCUAUUGGGAAGGAUGAGUGCAUGAGAAUAAAUAGACCCGAGACCUUCAUGCACGUAAGCCUCAAAUAUUUGACUGGCAAUUUUUUUGAAAAUGUGACCAUUAAAAACUCCAAUAUUGCCGAGAAUGUCAAAUUUCUAGGCAAGGCAAACGUUAUAAAAUCCGUAAUAAUGGAAAAUGUUACAAUAGGCAAUAACGUGAUACUCAAGGGAUGUAUUAUUUGUAGUGGAGCAGUUGUUGGAGAUGAUUGUCAGUUAACAGAUUGCCAAAUACAGUACUCUCACACAAUUGAGAGUGGGACUGUUGCCUCAAAGCAAAUUUUUCCAGCGACAGAUUACUCACUCUAA